AUGGUGGCCAGAGAGACGACCCAGAAGAAGCCCCAUGUAGCUGUCCUAGCAAGCCCAGGCGUGGGACACGUCACCCCUCUCCUUGAGCUAGCCAAACGACUCGUCGUUGACCACGGCUUCCAGGUCACCUUUCUUGCCAUCUCCACCGACGCACCACCCGCCCAGAUUCAGCUCCUCAACAGUUCCACCCUCCUUCCAGACCUCCACGUCAUCCACCUCCCUCAUGUUGACGUGUCAAAUCUACUCACCGCCUCCACGGGCGUCUCCGUUCGCAUAGUUCUCGUCGUCCAGCAGACCCUCAGCUAUCUACCAUCAGUCCUAACAAAUAUGCAACCGCACAUCCAAUCUCUCAUCGUCGAUCCAUUUUGCGUGGGAGCCCUCGAAUACGCCGCCGCCUUCUCCAUCCCCACGUACCUUUUCUUGACGACUUCCGCUUCGUUUACGGCGUUGACCAUGUACUUCCCCACGCUUCAUGCACAGGUUGACGGAGAUUAUUCUAAGAUCGCCGAGAAGGUUGUUGUCCCCGGUUGCAACCCCUUGUUGCUUGACGAUCUAAUCCCUGGGGUUUUGAUGCCAGAAGUCCUGCCUCUAUGCAACCGUAUUCCGUUGGUCAAGGGCGUUUUCAUAAAUACAUGGGAAGAACUUGAGCCGGUCACCCUUGGCGCUGUUAGGAAGAAUCCUUUCUUUCUUGGUCUACCAGCGCCGCCGGUUUAUCCCAUCGGACCCAUGACCAAGGGCAAUGAAGAUGAACCGCUGACGUCAACACUGGAAUCGAAGAAGAUACUGACGUGGCUGGACAAGCAGCCACCCGAUUCGGUUGUAUACGUGUCGUUUGGGAGCGGAGGGACGCUGUCUGGUGAACAGAUGAGCGAGUUGGCUUGGGGACUGGAACUGAGCCAAACACGGUUCGUUUGGGUGGCGCGACCCCCGAGUGAAGUCAGUGCGUCGGGGAGCUUUUUCGAAGCCGGUUAUGAUGCGGAGGGUGCGGCGUCGUAUUUGCCAGAUGGGUUUCUGGACAGGACGAGGGAGAGGGGCCUGGUGAUAUCCUCGUGGGCCCCGCAAGUGGCGGUGCUGAGUCAUGGGUCCGUUGCUGGGUUUGUGACGCACUGCGGGUGGAAUUCUGUGUUGGAGAGCAUAGCUCAAGGGGUAGGGAUGAUUGCGUGGCCUCUGUACGCUGAGCAGAGCAUGAACGCGAGGAUGCUGGUGGAUAUGGGAGUGGCUGUGUGGCCGAAGCCGGCUGGGGACAGAGCGGUGGUGGGGCGAGGUGAGGUUGAGAGGGUGGUGAGGUCUGUUAUGGAAGGUGAACAAGGAAAGGCGAUGAGGCAGAAGGUGAUAGAGCUUCAAGGUACUGCACUCAAAGCUUUGGGUUUAGGCGGGUCGUCUAAUGCAUCGCUGGCAGGCCUGGCGGACGAAUGGAGGGCGGGAGGCUCACCUUGA